GUGUGGUGCUGGAUCUGGUUUUGAACGCCAGGAGCGAGCGGGAGUGUGUGACUUGCCUGGAUUCAAUCAGCACAGCGGUGUUGUGGCGUCACGAUGGCGACAGACAUUGUAUCGCAGUUGGCCGAUUCUCUGGCCAAAACCGUCGUAGAGGAAGGAGAGCUGAGCUACAAAGGCCAGGGAAGAAAGCUGGAUGAUGCCAAAUCGGCGGAGGACAUGGUGAAAGAGAUCCAGGAUUUUGAGGAUUUACAGGCUCUGAGGUUGGAGGGAAACACUGUGGGUGUGGAGGCAGCACAGGCCAUCGCCAAGGCACUAGAGACAAAGAGCAAGUUCAAGCGCUGUUUUUGGAGUGACAUGUUCACAGGUCGUCUGCGCUCUGAGAUCCCGCCUGCUCUGAAUUCGCUGGGUGACGCUCUGAUGCUGGCGGGUGCCAGGCUGACUGUUUUAGACCUCAGUGAUAACGCCUUUGGACCAGACGGGGUGAAAGGCAUCGAGAAGCUGCUCAAGAGCACCGCCUGCUACACGCUGCAGGAGCUGCGGCUCAACAACUGCGGCAUGGGCAUCGGAGGGGGGAAGAUCUUGGCUGCUUCAUUGAUACAGUGCCAUAAAAAAUCCAGCACAGAGGGCGCCGCUCUUGGCCUGAAGGUGUUCGUUGCAGGGAGGAACCGCCUGGAGAACGAUGGAGCCACCGCCCUCGCUCAGGCCUUCCAGUUGAUGGGCAGCCUGGAGGAGGUUCACAUGCCGCAGAAUGGCAUCAAUCAUCCCGGGGUGACAGCUUUGGCCACGGCCAUGCAGCACAACGCAGGCCUCCGCAUCCUCAACCUCAACGACAACACCUUCACCGAGAAGGGGGCUAUCGCCAUGGCGCAGGCCCUGAAACACCUGCGCAACAUCCAGGUGAUAAACUUUGGAGACUGUCUGGUGCGUCCAGCAGGCGCCAGCGCUAUCGCAGAAACUGUGUCAGAGGGACUCCCAAUCCUCAAGGAGCUCAAUCUGUCAUUUGGCGAGAUUACGGAGGAAGCUGCUCUGGCUGUGGCACAAGCAGUAAAGGACAAAGACCAGUUGGAGAAACUGGACCUAAAUGGUAACUGUCUCGGAGAGGACGGCUGCAAAGCUCUGAAAGACGCCAUGGAAGGCAUGAACAUCGGAGAUAUUCUAGGAUCACUCAGUGACGAUGAGGGAGAGCCAGAGGAUGAUGACGAGGACGAAGAUGAAGAUGAGGAAGAGGAGGAAGAUGACGAGGAUGUGGAGGAGGAGGAAUUAGAGGAGGAGGAAGAAGAAGAGGAGGAGGAGGAAAGCAGUGGCAUCAAGUUAUCGACCCCUGCAUCAGCACCACGGCCGCCAGACGUCUCCUCCUUCCUCAGUUUCCCGUCCCCGGACAAACUGCUCAAACUGGGGGCCAAGAGAGCGAUGCUGAUCGAGCAGCAGGUGGAUGUGACAGACGCUACAAAAACAGCUGAAGCCUUCCUGAAGAUUGCAUCUGUGUACAAGGAGGAGAAUAAUGAUGUUAAAAAUGCAGUUUUGGACAGCGUUGAUGCCCUUCUGAAGAAAGCUUUUGCCACUCCUUCCUUCCAAGGCUACAGCUUUGUAUCAUCUUUGUUAGUGCUGCUCGGACUUCUCAAGAGUGAGGACAAAGUGAAGCCUGUGCUCGUGGUUCCCGGCCACCUCCACGCCUUGGAGCACGUUGUUCGGCAGGACUACUUCCCCAAAGAGAACGUGGCGGUGCUGGAGGCCUUCAUGUCCCGAAACAACAAGGCUUUGGAGUCAUGUGGAAACGCCAGAAACAGCCUCCAGUUGACGCUGCAGAGAGUCAGGUCUGAGGGCUGAGGACACAUGCAUACACACACACACACACACACACACACACACACACACACACCUUUACACAGACUGAACUCUGACUGAUCACUGAUGGACCUCUGGAAGCACACAAACCCAAAUCUGAAGCAGAUAAAUCAGUUCAGCACUUGAGAAGAACAGACUCCACUCAGACACACUUCACUGUGUCGCCGCUGUCCUUCAUCAACAAACCUCUCUCUGGACUCUGGACUGGACUUGAACGCUCUGUGUUUUGGAGCAGACGAUGCUCUUAAUGUGUGGACUGACUGCAGUGCUUUGUGUACGCUCAUAUAACCACAGGACAGCACUGACAACCUCGUGCUCUUUGUAUUCUGUUUCCUCACGGUUAUUGAAGCACAGAUUACACUUUGGUGCAAACUAGAAAAGCUCUGACCAGAACUGAUCCUGGCGUGGAGGCUUUAGCUCGUGUACAUUCUCCAUUUCAUAUCUAACUUUUACUAUUCUGUUGUUUUAUAUUAAAUGUUUAUUGAAUUCCAUAAUAUGGUCAAACAAUGGUGUUAUUAAAUUAUAUACUCACUGAUAAAUAUUAUCAAAAUAAGACUGUAAAGUAAAAUAGAGCAAUCAAAAGGGAUGAAAUGUGUCUUUAUGUAUUUUCUGCCUUUAGCGAGGCACAUGAAUUUGUGUUGCAGAAAUAAAGCUGGUUUGAGUGUC